GUUUGAAGGAAACAUAUCUUUUUGAAUUUCUAGAUCCACAAGGAGCCUCUAUAAUGGAGACAACGACGAUGUUGUUGCUCGGGCUGAUUUUUUGACGAUCACGCGCUUUUCCGCGACAACAAAAAUUAUGUUCCGCCUGUACGACGACGAUCUGAACCCCGAAACCAACGCGAACCCCCUCGAGCCACCACGGCCCCCCGAAGAGCAAGCCGGCAACGGACUUCCGCAUGAGAGCAGCGGGAUCACGAGCAAAAUGUCGGACAGCAAAGCAGCAGGCGUCGGUAAUAGCGGCAAAGAGCCGAGAACGAAGCUGCAGACGUUCAAGAUGACGCUGUCGGCUGGGGGGAUUUUGGUAUAGUCAUACAUACUGUGUCUCUGACAUUCCAGGAGCCUGCCCAUAUCAUGGCUCUUGCAUUUCGUCGAAACAUGUUUUCUAUCUGAAUUCGCGUGGCAAUUGUCAACUUCACCCAAUGUUCACAGAACUGCCUCGGCAUGCUGAUCAUGGCCGGGAUGAUGAUCAUUCACCUAGACCAGACCGACUUCUUUUCCGUCUGCUACUCCCUUUCGCAGGCUAUGCUGUUUUUCGCCGCGGCAGUGUUUGUCUUCAUUAUGGAGGGGAGGUUUAUCUUCCCGCGCGAGUCGGACCUGCAGAAGAACUGGCGACAAAAGCUGUCGGUGUUUCUGUUCAACAAACUCGGUAUUAUUGACUUGCUUUGCUGGUUGUUUCAUGCAUAUCAAUUCUAGGAAAACUACGAAAAGCAAUUUCAUUGCGUGGCACGUAGGAAAAGCGAAGUUUUAAUUUUCCAUUUCCGCAUUGCAAAUCUCCUCCCUUUCAGGUCUUGGGGUCUUCUACUUUUGGAUCGGCGCGUUGAUCAUGGGUGGGAAGAACUACACCCACGAGAGCCAACGAACCUUGGGCCGCUGCAUCGGGGUGCUGUCCUGGGUGUUGUUUGCCGGCAACAUUUUGACCUCGUGCGCGAUGGACCGGGCGACGCCCGAGGGGGAAGCGGCGGACAGGCAGGCGAUCGGGAAACCCCUGGACACGGACUUGCACUUCGAUGAGCAGGCGAGCCGGGUGUGAACCUGGGAUGUGAUUUUUCUCCAUUGAAAAGCGAAUCGCGCCUCCACCUGCGCCAGUAUAUAAUCCUCUUACUUACUUACAGAUACAGUAUGGACCGCAUAAUAGAGAACAUACUUUAGCAGAGAACCGUGAAAAUACAAGUGCAGCACGGAUAUAGAAGAAGAAGAAGAAGAAGAACGAGAAGCAAAAGCAAUAAAGGUGCUUGUCAGACCAGGCG